GAGCGGGGCUGUCCCGCCUCGCGUCCUCCCGCCGUUCGGAUGCCGGGGGGGCGCGAGGGCUCCCUGCCUCGCCGCUUUUGCCAUGUUGUCUGAACCCUGCCGAUAUUUAGCUUCCUAAGACGCCUUCGUGUCUCUUCGUGUCUCACAGAUCUUCCAUCGCUUUCCUCUCCCCUCCCUCACUGUCUUGCCGCAGUUGGUCGUUGUGUGCUUGGUCACAUUACGCAUUUCGCCUUCUUAAUAUGCAUAAGUAUAUGAAGGGACAGUGCAAAGAGAAUGGACUCGGGCUCUGCUCGGUGGUGCCUAGCAGUAAGACGAGAGGCAAUGGGCAGACACUGGUGCACAAGAAGUUCCGCCAAACAUGAGGAAGAACUUCUUUGCUGUGCAGGCUGAAUAUUUAUCAGAAACCACUAACAAAGCUGGUCCUGUAGCUGCCAAGGAAGAACUCUUGGAUGAAUGUGAGAGUAUUUGGAAGCAGAUGGAAGAGUGUCAGAGCAAGCUAAUGCUUCUAGGAACAGAAACACUGCCACCAUCAGAUGCCAAGUCCUAUUCAGACUUACUUGAGCAAGUUCACAUGCUUCUUAUGUUGGGGACCCCAGAGCUGGAGGCAGCACUCAAGCUUUACUUGUUAAUGCUGCAAUGGAAAGCUUUAACAGUAGAUUUUCAUCAGUGGCAAAAAAGAAAUCCUGAAUUAAUUUCUACCAAUCCAGAUGUACUGUUAGAAUUAGGAAAAGAAGAGUUGCAGAAAGUGAAAAAUGAUCUUGAAAUGGUGCUGUCAAUAGUUCAGUCAAAGAAUAAACAUCUGGAAGAAGAUCUGAAAAGAGAACAGCAGUGGUAUGAGGAACAGAAGCAGAUGCUAGAGACUCUUAAUAAAAUUGAAGAAGAGGUAAAUUCCCAAGACGAACAUCCUUCCACAGAAAGUUUGAAAAUUGGAGAACUCAAUGAAUUGAAAACCAAAAUAUUGAAAUUAAAGACCUUUAAGAAAGAACUCUUGACUGCCUUGGGUGGAUUCCUGGAUGAAUAUUUUCCCUGUCCAGAGAGAGGUGAAAAUAUUAAAGAAAAGAACUCUUCAGCAGAGCCAGUUGUAGAACUGAUAACAUUGCAAGAAAUUUUAGAGAUGCUGAUAAACACAUUAUUGGCCACACCACAUGAACCUUACAUAACAAUCAAUGAGUCAUUUUGGCCACCUUACAUUGAGCUGCUGCUGAGAUGUGGAAUGGCCCUGAGACAUCCAGAAGAUCCAAUGAGAAUGCGCCUCCAAGCUUUUCACAAGUAGUGUGACCUACACAUUCACUUGAAAACAAAACAACACCAGUACUCUUAAUUCAGGGCUAGGACAUAUUUAGGUUUCCUACUAAGUUUUUAAGUAUCAAGAAUUGCUUCUUGUUGGAUGGUUUUUUUUCUUUUAAAUUAAAUUGGAUAUUUAAGAUCAUAAAAUGUAGAAAAUGAAAAAAAAAAAUCUAUUUUGACUGCUUACAGUUGGCCUUCAGUUUUAUACCAAGAUUUGCGUUAUGGAAGGUUUUUUUCAGUGCUUUUGUAAGAUGCCAAUUCAUGUAAUAGACAAAUAUGUUUAACAGUCCUUUUUACUUUAAAAUCAUACUUUAUACAUUACUUCUAUAGUUUAGAUUUCUUAGAUUGCCUGACAUCUCUAUUUCCUUUAGUAUUUUCUUGUAUUCUGUAGAGACAAAAUUCAGAAUAACAGCACUGCUCCUGUACAUGGCCUUGCAAAUAUGUGGAACUAGCAGAGAGGUAUCCUCUCAAGAAUGCGUUAUGCCUUGCUUGUUUCUCAGAGCCCUUGCAAACAAUUUUACUGGCUCCAAGAUAAACACAUAGGAAAGCUGACACAUCUUUCUGUGUAAAGUGCAGCAGAUGUCGAGUCUGCACCUUUCACUGCAUGCUUCCCAAAUGGCCCACUUUGUGUUACGCUAUAUUGCCUUACAGUAUCUGUCUUCACUUUUUCAGACCUAGUUGAUCAAGGCUUUUAAUGGGUCUCUACAGUUUCUAAGUUACGUCAGUUGAGAGACUGAGACUUCUGACUCAAUGCUGGCAUUCUUUGCAAUCUCAGUCUUUUAUGUAGCCAUAUUUAUAGUAUUGUAUUGAGUACAAAAAUUCUGCUCCUGCUUAUCUGUAGUAACUAAAUUAUCCUUUGUUAACCAGAUUUUUGUUUAUUGAGGGACGAACUUGGAUGAUUUUUCAGUUUGAUGGAAAAGUAGAGUUGUAUACAAUCACAGAAUGUUUUUAUGUGAUGGUUUUUAGAAUGGUGUUUCUGUGAUUUGGUUUGAUGACUUGUAAGCAUCAUGUAAGGAUGCAUGGGAGAAGUAAGGGGGACCAAUCUAAUAUAAUUGCCAGUCUAGUAUAAUUGCCGUUUUUUAAACCAAUUAAAUGUUAAGCAAAAAAUCUUUCAUCUUUUGUAGUUUUGAGUGAAUGCUGUUCAUUUUACCCUCCCAACUGGUGUUUAAGCAUGAGUAUAGGAUGUAGUGUGUGCUGUUGUGCAUGAACAUUGACUUCUUUUUGGUUCAUAUUGCUUGUGUAACUGCCCUCCUAUUGUGGUUUAACCUCUUUUAUGAAUUCUAGAGUCUGACUAAUCUAUACACAUUUAUCUUACCGUAUUUUUAAUUAAGAAUUCGAAUAACUACAUUUUUUGGCUUAGGUUUAUAGGAUUGUCUCUUUUGGGUUUUUUCCUUCAUUUGUGUUUAAAUGCUUUGUAUUCUGCUAUCCCCUCACCUUGUUUAUUAAUAUUGCUCAAAUACUUUAUUGAGCUGGAUGACUGCUUCUGUCAUGACAUUAAUAAAUAAAAAGAAAAAUGUUAAACAGUCA